UAUAAAAAACUUGACAAAGCAGUGGUUGAUAUCAAGAAUCCAGUUAUCAACUCCAAAAUUGAUCUUUUUCUUGUUAAUCAAAUCCAUUACUUUUGCUAUUUCCUUCAAAACAUACUUUUAUAUAGUCUUUACUCCGGCAGCUUUGCAUUGCAAUUAAAAGAGCUUGGAGUUCACUUCCCUACUGCUCGAUCAGAACCGACAUUUUUAUUAUUAUAUAUUUUCUGUCAUUUUCUUGUUAAUAUCAUUUUUUUUGGCAGUGUUCAUAUCCUUUAUUUACAAAAACGAAGUGAAAUAUGAAUCAUUUCUUUUAUCAUGCAUGUUUUUAACAUUCACAUGUUAUAUUAACCCGAUUUAAUGUUAUUUUACAUGAUUUAUACGCUAUAUGUUUUAACCGCCAAAAAAAUUACCAUUUUAUUAUAAUUUUACCACAACAUUAUUUUACGAAUAAGUUCUGUCAUAUGAUGAUCUCAUUUAGCAAAUUCACCCCUAGAUAAAACUAAUUGAAUCAGUCGGAUAAAAUUCUCCGACAUAGUAAAAGUUCACGAAACUAAUAAACUAUUGAGCUAUUAAUGAGUUAUCCAGGUGGUUUAGUUUUAACUUUAAGGAAGAAUUAAAGUGCAAGACAUAAUCAUAACCGUCAUAAAACCUAAGAUUAUAAAAAUAAUCCUAAUCCAACAAUCAUUUCACCAAAAGCCUCUAAUUCUUCUAUGUUCUCUCCAUGUCGCCUUCUCUCUAAUUCUUUCCCUCAAUGUCUGCCUUUUUUAUUUCAGUACUUUUCUUUUGUUUAAAUCAAACUCUUGUUUUGUUCUGCGAAUAAUGUUUUGAAGUUAAAUGUUUGCUUACUGGUCCCAAAAUAUAAUGUGCCCUAAAACUAGGUCAAAGUCAAGUGUAAAAUGCAGGACCACAAAACUCUUUUUUCUGAAUGUAAUCACUAAUUACAGCUUUAAUUAUGCGUUAAUUAUACUAUCAGUCUAUGAUUAAUCGUACGUUGAUCAGUUCCUUGGUUCGUCUUUUUCUUUAUUUUCAUUGAAAGCUUUAAAUGUAAUAUAAGGAAAUUUCAGUCUAACUAGGUCCAUGUGGUAUCUUACGUUAGAUUAGCAUUUAUAACAAAAGAUAUUGACAUUUCUUCAAAUGUUGCAGACAUUUGUACACUUGUACUUUGAUCAAAAUUCUACGAUUUUAUUUAUCAUAUUUCGUAAUGCAGUCACAUUUACAAGAAAACGUUUGAAUAAGAUAUUUAUAUUAGCCUGUGGAGUAACGAAAAAAGAAAAGUUGCAUAAUCUAUCCGAGUUCUAAGAACUAACGCAUAUUGUUGGGAAAAAAAAGAACAAGUAGAUUUUUUGAACAAGGCUAAUGCGUACUGGUAACUACGGAACCAUAAACUAGUUUUUAUUUUAUUUCACUCCUGAAACUCUUGUCAAUUUAAACAAAAAAAAAAAUGGAGACAAUUAAAUAGGAUUAUGUUCAUAGGAUAAACACUUCUCAAGAAAUUCUUUGGUGGUUUAAUCAUUGAAACACUCUUCUUCCUGUUUUUCCUCCUUGAUGAAUCAUUACAAAUUUACUUGCGAUUUUUUUUUAAUACGAAAACUGAAUUCUUUAUUAAAUUAACAAAAACAUAUAUACACACGAGCUUUUACCAUUCAUAUAGACAAACCCCACAAGAUUCUUCACCUUCAACAAUCAUCUUCAUGAAGCUCUUCCACGGAUUACGAAAGAUUUUCAUGAGGCUUAUCGAUCUCACUCUCCCUUCCUCCUCCCGCAGGCAGAAGAAUUUCGUCCGCACCAACGACGAAGAGAGGUAUGAGCCGCCGAAGAUUUCGUGUAGUAGUUCGUACUAUUCGUCUCACGUACACUACAGUGAAGCUAUCGCAGAUUGCAUAGAGUUCUUCAACAAGUCUUCUGCUAUGUCUUGUGAAGAUCAUGAAGCUCGCCUUGUUCACGAUCACGAUCGUGACUGUUUUUACGUUUAGUCAACAUCUCAACACUCACUUAUUUUCUUUGUUUUGCUCCAACAUUUGCUUCGAGGCUUUGCUUUUAUUUUGUUUGAGUUAUUGUGAUUUUUAAACUUACAUCUUAGUCAUUUUUUUUUCCCAUGAACUUACAUCUUAGUCAAACUAUCAUGGUUUAGAAGAAGAAACUAGAUAGAAAGGGUGAUUUCGGUUUCUAAUUUUCCGAUGAUAAAAAAUAGAU